CUUUUUCCCCAAAAUAUUGUUAGAAAGAUUUUUUCUCACUUUAUCCUACUUUCAAAAAUAAUUUCUUAGGUACCGUUUAGAUAGGACAUUACUGCACAAUUCUAUUUUUUUUAAAGAGUAGUCUUGAAUUGAAAAUAUCUUCUAUAUAAUAACAUCUUUUUCUAAUCCCAUACAUAAUAAGUAGCCAACGUAACCAUGCAAGUUCCUACCCUAAAAUGGUCUCUCCUCUCCUUCACCUUCACCUUCACCUUCACCUUCUUGCUGGUCCUUCUAUCCUUAAACCCAGCUUCUUCGGCCGCCGUAUGUAACACAGAUGACCAAAAAUCCCUCCUAGAGAUCAAAUACCAUUUCAACAAUGCCUCUACUUUCACCACUUGGGAUCCUAACACCGAUUGUUGUACAAAUUGGUCAGGCAUCCAAUGUGAUGCGCAAGGCCGUGUUACCAUGCUUGCUAAUAGCAUUGCUAAUGAUGUUGUAGGCGAAAUCCCACCAGCCAUGGGUGAACUCCCAUACCUCCAAUUCCUAGCCUUCUCCAACUUACCCCAACUCUCUGGCACAAUUCCCUCAUUCUUAUCAAAACUAACCAACCUUCAACACCUUGAUCUCAGCCUCAACAACCUCACAGGUCCGAUACCGGACUUCUUAAGCCAACUCAAGGACUUAGACGACAUCGAUCUCUCCUCCAACAGCCUUACUGGCUCAAUCCCUUCAUCCCUUUCCCAACUACCCAAGCUUAGAACCAUUAACCUUGGUACAAACAAGCUCUCUGGUCCUAUCCCACCUUCACUUGGCUCUAUCAAGACCUUGGUUCAAAUUUAUUUUUAUUCUAAUAGCCUCUCAGGCUCAAUCCCAUCUUCUUUAUCCCGCCUUCAUGAACUCAAUGAGCUUGCCUUAUGGGAUAACAAGCUCACGGGUACUAUCCCAGCCUCUUUCGGCUCGUUUCGAAACUCGGAUAUUAGCCUCGACUUGUCCUCCAACAAGCUAUCUGGUUCAAUCCCAAGAUCAUUUGGUAAGGCUAAUAUAACACAGUUAGAUAUCUCUAAGAAUAAGUUUACUGGUGAUGCCUCGUUUUUGUUUUCUAGAGAUAAGACGGUGUUGAGCUCCAUUGUUAUGAGUAAUAAUCUUUUCAAGUUCGAUUUUUCUAAGGUUGAUCUUCCCUUGGGUUUGAAGAGAAUGGAUAUAAGUCAUAAUAUGAUAUUUGGGUCACUUCCUGAACGACUUGGUCAGUUGCCAUUGUAUAGAAUUGAUGUGAGCUUUAACCAGCUUUGUGGGAAGAUACCAACUGGAAGAAGGUUGAAACAGUUUGAUGCAGCUAAGUUUUCUAAUAACAAGUGUUUGUGUGGUCUGCCAUUACCACCUUGCAAUUAGAGUUUUAUUCUCUCUUGUGCUUUUACGUGAUGGGAGUUUCCAGUUUAUUUUUAAUAAGCUUUGGAUUGUAUAAGUUUAAUGUACAUUUUGACCCCUUUUACAAGUUUAUUUCCCACAUGUUCUCAAUUUUAUGAGAGAACUUAUAAAGUUAUUCCAUUUACCAAACUAA